AUGGUGACAGUCCUGGCAAUGAUGAGGAUCCUGUUCAUCGUGGCUGGUUUGGCCCUGUUGGGUGGUCACAGCAAAGCAGGCUUUCAUGGCAAACAGUUCAUCACAGCCUUCAUGCAGAAUUACCUGGCUACUACUUCUGAAAUAAACCUCCAGCUGUUCCUCACUGGUUACCAUGACUCUACUGCAGUCACUGUGACAAUGAGCAAAUCUACCUAUCAGAAAAGUUAUACCAUCAGAGAGGGCGAAACAGUGUCUGUGGAGAUCCCAAAGACUGCAGAGAUGAGGAGGAGUAUCAUGUUUGACCAUUCCAUUUUAAUUCAGGCUGAGCACGACAUUUCGGUUGUCCAAUUGUUCAGGAAGAGGAAUUCCGUUGCUGCCAUGACAGUAUAUCCAGUCCAGGAGCUUGGCACAACGUAUUAUGUCAUAACCCCACGUGAUACCAAAUCAAUAAGCUUAUUGAAAGAAUUUGCAGUCAUAGCUUGGGAUGUUCCUACUACAGUUGAGAUUUAUCUGAAAGGGCAGGUGAAGUUCAACAACCAGUUGUAUGCUGCACGGAACAAACUCAAUGUUUCCCUUGAGGCUUUCCAAGUCAUCCAGUUGCAAAGCUCAGAUGAUUUGUCCGGCACUCAGAUACAGUCAUCAGCACCCGUGGCAGUCCUGAGUGGGCAUGCGUGUGUAGUGCAAAAUUCCUGGUGCGAUCAUGUUGCUGAACAGCUCCUGCCAGUCUCCAGCUGGGGUACCACUUUCAUUGUUCCCUCUGUACCUUUCCAAGACAAGCCUGACAUUGCAUAUGUGGUUGCUGCCCAGGAUACUCGUAUCGAUUAUCACAUGGGCUCCAAAAGAGGCUUUCGAUACAUGGUAGCCGGGGAAGUCAAAGAGUUUGAGAUCCAGUUCCCAAAAGUGCUCUAUAUCUCUGCUAAUGGGGGACUCCAAGUCCUUUUCUCCUUCACUGGCAACAUGCAAAGCUACGAUCCAUUCCUGAUGACCAUUCCUGCCGUAACGAGUUAUGGCCAAUCCUACCACUUUAAUAGAAUCAGCAAUUUCGAGAACUAUGCCAUCAUCAUAGCAGAAAGUUCGGAAACCAGCAGCAUUAGUAGGAACAAGACGGCCAUUACAGGGAUUCAAUGGAGAAGUGUCCCAAGGUCACAGUAUUCAUGGUGUGUAUAUGACUUGAACACUGGACCUAACUCUAUCUUUCUGGAGCAUCCUGAAUCUCCCUUUGGUGUCUUGGUCUUUGGUGGUAGAAACCGGGAAGGUUACGGCUUCGCUCCACCGUCCUUCCACUCAUCUGGUCCAUUAUCUUGUCCUGAGAACAGUCACUACGAGGCCUGUGGAAAUGCCUGCCCAGCAACCUGCUCUGACUGGACUGCUCCCUGCACAUGUAACAACACCUGUGCAGAAAUCUGCCAGUGUGACGAGGGCUACGUCCUGAGUGCCGAGAAGUGCGUCCCAGUGGAGACCUGCAACUGCACCUACGAUGGCAUGACCUACAAGGCAGGCGAGGAGUUCUGGGCUGGUGAAGGCUGCCAUUCCCGCUGCAUAUGUGACCCCGAAUUAGGCAAGGCAGUGUGCAGAAAGGCCUCCUGCAAGGCCAACGAAGCAUGCAUUGUAGCCAGAGGAGUCCGGGAAUGUCGUGCCAACAGCUACUCCACCUGCACAGGAUCUGGGGAUCCCCACUACACCACUUUUGAUGGGAAGAAGUACGACUUCCAGGGUACCUGUGUGUAUCAGAUGGCAGCGGUCUGCUCCGAGGACCCCACUCUCACCCCGUUCUUGGUCACGGUGGAGAACAACAACCGCGGCAGUAAAAAGGUGUCCUUCACCAAAGCGGUGACUCUGGAGGUCUACAACAUGACCAUCAGCCUGAGCCAAGAGUAUCCUCGCAAGAUUCAGGUCAAUGGAGUCUUUGUGGACGUACCCUUCUCCUAUGAAAAUAAACUGAAGAUCUACACCAGUGGAGUCCAUGGCUUCAUCAAGACAGACUUUGAUCUGAGAGUCAGCUUUGACUGGUACAGCUACGCCAGGGUCAUUAUACCCAGCAAUUAUGCCAAUGCCAUCUGUGGACUCUGUGGCAAUGCCAAUCAGGAUCCCAGCGAUGACUUCACCAUGAAGGAUGGAACUCAGGCAAGUGAUGAAGUCCAACUUGCAGACAGCUGGAAGUUGAGGGAGGUUCCAGGGUGCUCAGCAGGAUGCACCACCGACUGCCCAGUGUGCAAAGAGGGAGAGAAACAAACCUACAAGAGUGACCAGUACUGUGGGAUCCUCAUCAGAAAGGAUGGACCAUUCAGGCAGUGCCAGGAGGCCAUUGACCCAACACCUUUCUUUGAUGACUGUGUCUUUGACACCUGCCAGUACAAGGGUCACCGUGAUGCCCUGUGUGGUGCCAUCAAUGCCUAUGCAACAGCCUGCCAAGCUGAGGGCAUCCAGAUUGGACAAUGGAGAUCAGCCUCCUUCUGCAGCCUUCUAUGUCCACGUAAUUCCCAUUAUGAGGUCUGUGGAAAUGGCUGCCCAGCCACCUGCCGCAGCCUUGCAGCUCCAGAAACCUGUGAGGAGUCAUGUGCCGAAGGCUGCUUUUGCGACUCUGGAUUCAUCCUCAGUGGGGACCAGUGCGUCCCUCCUGCAGAGUGUGGGUGUGUGCACCAGGGCAGAUACUACAAGAAGGGAGAGGGGUUCUACCCCAGCACCUCCUGCCAGGAGAAGUGCCAGUGCAUGGACAAUGGUGCCACCGAGUGCCAGAAGUUCUCCUGCGAAGCAUACGAAGAGUGCAGGGUGGAGAACGGCAUCCAAGGCUGCCAUCCCAUUGGAUACGGAACAACUAGUGCAUCUGGUGACCCCCAUUACAUUUCCUUUGACGGACGAAGUUUCAGCUUCCACGGCUCCUGCACUUACACCUUAGCCAAAGUCUGCAGCAACGAUCCUCGGCUCGUCAACUUUUCUGUGUUAGUGGAGAAUGAGAAGCCUGAGGAUGGGCCUCUACCUCUAAUAAGGACUGUUGUGGUGUCCAUCCCUGGAUAUAUUGUUGUCCUUCAGAAGGGAAUGAAGUGGAAAGCGAUGGUGGAUGGAGAAUUCUACACUCUGCCAGUGAACAGAGAUGAGGGGAAACUCUGGAUCACCCAGGAGGGGAAUAAUAUCAUUCUCCAGUCAUCCUUUGGCUUCAAAGUCCUUUAUGAUACUACUUCAUACAUCCGCUUAUAUGUACCCAGCACUUACCAGGGACAGAUGUGUGGUCUGGGUGGCAAUUUCAAUGGUAACAUGAAUGAUGAUUUCAUGAUGCCCAAUGGAAAAAUCGCCAAAAGUGUGAAUGAGUUUGCAGCCUCUUGGAAGGUCCCUGUGGAUGGAGUCAGUUGCACAGAUGGCUGUGGUGAGCAAUGCCCCACUUGUGAUUCAGCCCAGACAGCACCAUACAAGGCUGAGAGUUCCUGUGGAAUGAUGCAGGCCAAGUCAGGCCCUUUCAGAAAAUGUCAUCCGUUGGUGAGCCCUGCUGAGUACUUUGAGCACUGCCUGUAUGACAUGUGUGCAGGCCACGGGGCACAGGAAUCCCUCUGUCGAAGCCUUCAGGCCUACAUGGCUGCAUGUCAGGCAGCUGGCGCCAAGGUCGAACCAUGGAGAACAGCCUCCUUCUGCCCCCUCGCCUGCCCAGGCAACAGCUACUAUGAAAUAUGCACUUCGCCUUGCGAUUUCAGCUGUGCCAGCGUUUCCACUUCAAUCCAGUGUACAAGGGAUUGCUUUGAAGGGUGCCAGUGCAAUGACGGCUAUAUGUUUGAUGGGGAUGCCUGUGUGCCCAUUGAUGGGUGUGGCUGUGUGUAUGAUGGGGUGUACCUCAAGGCUGGAGAGAGCAUCAUUUCAAACAACUGCACAGAGAAAUGUUCCUGUAGUGGCCCAGAGAAGCUAAAUUGUGAGGAGAACAGCUGCCAGUCGGGAGAGACCUGCACCCUCAGGAAUGGUGUGCGUGGCUGUGUGAGGCAGGAAGGCCAAUGCAAACUCACCCCAGAAGCCCAGCUCACGUCCUUUGAUGGUGCCAUGAGAAAGUACCUCUGCAGUGGAGUCUAUGACGUGGCCUCUGUUUGUGACGGAAACGCCCUCUCCUGGUUCAGGGUAUCAGUGAGCAUCGGACAAGACGGUGAUGACAAGUUGGUAGUUGGGAAGUCUGUCAAGGUCUACUUCCAGGAUGCAUCUGUCAUCCUUAAAAAGAGCUCCGGGACUUGGGUCAAUGGGCGCUCAGUGACCCUGCCCUACAGGAAAAAUGGCAUGUCUGUGAGCAAGGUUGAUGAUGGGGUUGUGAUUGACCAGCACUCUCAGGUGCAAGUUCACCUCCAUCCCGAUGGGGAGGUGACAGUGAAAGUCUCUGAGACCUUUGCAGGGAAGCUGUGUGCCCCCUGUGGAGACUUCAAUGGAGACAGCUCUGAUGAUCUUAAGCUGCCCAAUGGGAAGGUCGAGAAGAACAUUGCUGAGCUCCUCAAUGCCUGGAAAGCCAAGGAUGUCUAAUAUUACAACCUCUAAAAUCCCAGCAGCCUAUAAUGAAUUCACCUUACUCCAGAUGUACCUGCUAUUUCAGAUCAUCAUAGACUGCACUGAUGAGAAUCAAGGAGCUUCAUUUUGUUCAGCAGUACGUGCCAUCGACCGCAUAAACAGUGCUCCUACAAACAUCCUUGCUUUCCCUAGCAUUUGUAUUUACAAGAUCUAUACAUCACGUGCUGAUGCUGCCAAAAAGUCCAUUUUGCUUUGAGUGAUACCGUUUUCUGUGCUCUAAAGACAAACGUUCUGAAUAAAACGGUACGAGACUAAGUUUACUUGGAGUUUGUUCAAGGUCACUCUGUAUUUGGACUCUUUGUUUCGGAUCCCAGUGACAGGCAAAUUGAUUGGCCAGCUCCAUAUAUGCACAAUGUGACCUUUCUUAUUAAAAGAAAGCAAAAAAAUAAAUAAAUAAAAAA